ACGUUUUGUGCCUGUUCUCUGUUCGUGUCUGUAGCUAUUCGCUCCUCGUCGGCUCUCGUCCACGUUCGCCAACCCGUCAACCGCGCUUAUGUUAAGUGUUUCGAAACGCUAUCAUCGUAUGAAAAUCGUCGUCGUAGCUAACAUAAUUUGUUCAUUGGGCUUAUUGAUGUGUUUUUUUUUAUUGUGCUGCAACCAUCAAAGAAUCAUUGUCCAUUGGUAUUAAGAAAUUUAAGUUCCUUAAAUGAAGAUUCCAUCCAAUAAAAUAUACAAAGAAAAUUAACUGCGGUACCUACUAGUGAUCCAUAAUUUGCUGAUAUUACAUUGAACUGCCGAUGUGAAGAUCAUAUUGAAGGAAUAUUGUUCAACAACUUUUCACAGUACAAAAAUAAGUGUCUUCAAACAUACUGUUAACUUUUUUGCUCCAUCAAUACUCAAUAGUACCAACUUGUUCAUUUUUAAAUCCAACUCCAUAAAUACAGCAAAAAAUUCUCAAGUGUUAAAACGACAAACAUUGAUGAUCCAACUGUUCCAUUAAAAAUAGGCAUAAAUUAUUAUGUUUAAAAUGCGUAAAAAGAAGAACCUUGAGAAAAAGAAGCAGUGGUCAUGGGCUGAUAACACUCAUCCUGAUGACAUUAACGAUGUUCAUGUUAAUCAAGCGUUUUUCAUGUCACGUCCCAAAUGUAAACCUCUAUCUAACCAUCAACGCUGUAAAAACAAUCCAUUCUGUCUGUCUGGGCUAGGUGAACAACGUUGGCUUCACAACAAAGUCAUCCCAAUUGACGUUCCAGAAUUAGAGCGACGACCAACAAAUACUUUCUGCGGUUUGAAAAACUUAGGAGCAACUUGCUAUAUUAAUAGUCUCCUCCAACUAUGGUUCCAUAAUUUAAAUAUUAGAAAUGCAAUUUUAAAUUGGAAUCCUGUGGAGGAUGAAAUUGAGAAGAAUAAUCAUACUUUAUAUAUUGAUGAUGCAUAUGAACCAGUGACUGGUGUUGGUCAACUACAAUUAGUAUUUGCGUUGAUGCAAUUUGGAAAAGAACAAACUGUAAAUCCAGAAAGGUUUAUUAAAUCUUUAAAAAUCGAUACAAAUAUUGAACAAGAUGCAGAAGAAUUUUCUAAUUUGUUAUUAACGACGCUGGAAAGCAAAUUUGAAAAACAAACAAACAAAUGCGUAAAAAAUAUGGUAAAAAAUAAUUUUUUAGGUGAAUAUCGGAGUGUAAUUACAUGUAUGACAUGUAAAUUCAUAUCUGAAAGUUGUUCAACAUUUAGGGAUCUGAGUUUAAACAUAGAGAGUCAACAAACUUUAAAUGACUGUUUGGAAGAUUACUUAAAAGAAGAAAUUCUCGCCGGUGAUGAUCAAUAUUAUUGCAGCCGUUGUAAAGGAAAACAAAAUGCUGUGCGUCAAAUGUGUUUGACUGCACUACCUUCAGUGUUAAAUUUUCAACUAAUGCGUUUUGUCUAUGAUAGACAAUCGAUGGAGAAAAAAAAACUAAGCUCAUUUAUAAGAUUUCCACUAACAUUAGACAUGGGACAAUAUUUAAAUUUACCUGAUAAACUCAAUGUGUCCUCAAGAGAAAAUUAUAAAUACAAUUUAUACGCAGUCCUUAUACAUAAAGGUUCUAGUGCAAAUUGUGGUCACUAUGUGGCUCAGAUCAAGGAUAACACCACAAAGCAAUGGUACCAAUUCAAUGAUGAUAAAGUGGACAAGCUCAUUGUUAAAGGUUUAAAUUUGUGUACAGAGGAGGAUUCUAAAAAAUUAAAACAAAUUAAAAAUAUCAAAAGUUUCGACAAUGAAAUUCAAUCAGAUAAUGCAUAUAUGUUGGUAUAUAUGAAAAAUACAAAGCCUAAUCUGAAUACUAAUUCGAUCACCUGCAAGUUGUCGCCUAGAUUGACUCGAUUGGUAAAUUUAAGUAACAACGAUUUUGAAAACAAAAUAUCAGAGAGCAAACAAGGGAAAGUUUUUGUGGAACAAAUGUUGCAUUUAAUCAAUGAAAUAAAACAAAAUGAAAUAAAAGAAAACAAAGGAGAUAUUAUCUCGUUACAGUGGCUAAAAUAUUGGUUGAAAUUGAACCCUAAUGAGACUGCCGAGAAAAUAAACAACGAUCCAAUAUUAUGUAAACAUAACUUAGUGGAUCCAGAUAAGGUACAUGAAGCCAAAUACAUUGGAUCAGACUUAGCAGAUAAACUGUAUGCUAUAUAUCAAGGUGGUCCACGAUUGAAGUUAAUGUCAUCAUUUUGUCAAGCAUGCGUUAGGAACAAAUGCGCUCUAAUGUAUACAAGAACUUUAGCUGCUAAACAUAAUGCAUCUAUUACCGAAAUCUUAAAAAAUUGGUACCCUAAUAAUAAUUUAGACAGUGAAAUUGAAGAAACAAGUUACUGGGUAGGAAAUGAAACAAUUAAAUUGUGGCAAUCAAAAUACUUUGAGUCAUUUCAAACAUUUCUGAAAAAAAGUGACGUACUUCCUAAUACAACAUUGCCAAUUGACCACGAAAUGUUGUCCUCGGUAUGUGAGCCAUUCAGCAUAUGUGAAGAAAUAGAUAUCAGUGGAGAUACGAAAGAGGAAAAUGUUAAUGUGGUUGUGGAUGCAGAAAAUAUGAUUAAAUCUGAUUAUGAUAUUUGUAGCGAGUGGGAAGAUGAUUUGUUACAAAGUAAAAGCCUUGAGACUAUAUAUAAGAAUGAUGGUUACGGUUGUUUUGAAAUCAUGAAUAAUACUGAACGUGUGCCGUGGUUAUUUAACGGUGACAUUAUAUGCAUACACGGGAAUAUGACUAUUGUGAAGAACACUAGGACAUUAGUGCCGGAAAAAGUAAAAAAUAUAUUUCAAACUUACUUUCCAAAAGCAUCGUUUUUUGUUAAAGCCACUACACCUUGCCACAUGUGUAAGUGUUUGCAUAUCCGAGUUAUGAUGUGCAGGCUUACACGUUUAAGUCUGGCCAAGAUAGAGGAUUUAUUUUUAAAUGAUUUACUGUGGAAUAAAAACAGAAAUGUUUUUUCAAAAGAAUGUUCCCCAUACGCAUGUAUUUCUAUGGAAUUUUUGGAAUCUUUCCGAAAGUUUGUUGGAUAUCCAUUAAAAGAACCAAUACCGAAGUUGAUCAGGAAUGAAGCACUGCUUUGCAAAGAUCACAAAAAAUUGCUUUACCAUCCAAUGUCGAGUUUGGAUCCAAAACAUCAUGACUAUAAUAAAUUGGUGCUUGUAACAAAAAAAGAAUGGAAAAAGCUUUUACUGUGCUAUGAUGCUGAUUAUGGAGUAUUUGUGUACUUUAAUGAUCACCACUUGUUUGUAACAUCAAAACCAGAAAUAUGUGAAACAUGUCGUCAGAAGAAACAGCAUGAAGAUAAUAUGAAUUAUUUGAAAUACAAUGAUGCAAAAAUAUACAUUCAAGUGGACAAGAUCGAAGAUAAGAAUUCGAUAUCUGACAACUGUUCAAAAAAAUUCAAACAAGGCACUGCUGUGUCUGUGAAUGGCACUAGUGACUCAGAUACAGCCUCCACUUCAAUGAAUACUAACAAUUACACAUCUCAGCACGGAGUCAGAAGGAGUGAACGAAAACAAAUGCCAAAGGUUGAAUAUGUUGUGGUCUCAUCUGACAGUACGUUGCUUCAUCUCAAAUCAAAGAUCAUGGAAGUAUUUCAUGUUAAGCCCAACAAUCAAUAUUUAAAAACUCCGGAUGGAAUAGAGUUGCUGAACAAUGAAGCAACUAUGGAAGACCUUAAAAUCCUUCCUGAUUCGGUGAUACUAGCCCAAUUUGAUGAACACUCCAUAUUGAAAAAGCCAGAAGUCGCUGUUGUAGAGGAGACCGGAUUCAAAGGUACUGAGCUCUUGAGUUAAAAUGUCUUAAUUAAUAAUUAAAUUAGUUUUUACUUAUUUUACUAUUUUUAUUUAUUUGAUUUGAUUUUUAU